GAUCACUCUUCAUCAUCAUCACCAUCAUAUUCAAACACCUACUUAACAGAAUUUAGGGUUUCAAGUACACUUUUGUUGAUUCAGCUGUUUUACACAUAACCCAGGUGACAAUUGGUUUCUUUCAACAUUCAACAAAAAAAAAAAAAAGAAGGAUAAUAUCUUUAAGCUUACAAUUAUAGUUGUCAUAAGUUGAAGCUCUAUUUUCAGUACCCUUUUGUGAAUUCAGCUGUUUUACACAUAACCCAGCUAAAAUGAAGAACCUUUGGAUGUUAUAACACCAAGUUGCUAAGAUAUUCUUGGGGUCAAAAUGGCGACUGAAAGCCCGAUUCGAAUAAUUAAAGCAAGCGGAAAUUGGGGAUCUAAUAAUAUGGGAAUUGAGGAUUCAGGAUUGUUAAAGGGGCAAAGAUUUCAGGGAAAAAAGAGUAGUUUACCUCCCAAUAGAAGUGGAAGUGCACCUCCAAGCAUUGAAGGCUCAUUUGCAGCCAUUGAAAACCUCAUGUUUAGGCAAAACUAUACUACUUAUGCUAGUUUAGCAAGCCCUGAUAAUGCUGCGGGUAUUUCUGAGUCUGAAGAGCAACUUCGGGCCAAUCCAUCUUAUUUUGAGUACUACUGGGCCCAUGUUAAUAUGAAUCCAAGGCUCCCUCCACCACUAAUAUCUGGCGAAAAUCGGAAUCUUUUCCGAAGUGUAAGAGGUGCCGGAAAUAAUAGGAGAUUGGCAUCUUUUGAUGAUUCUUUUAGCAGCUCUUUGCGGUUGGAUCACAGUAAUCUUUCUACUCAUAAGGAAGAAUCCGAUGAUGAUAGAUCGCCGAAACAGGAAGAUCUUCCUCAAGCUCCGACACUUGUAUAUAAUCAAUCUGGCCCAUUUGGACAUGAACGGAAUGAGGAUGUGGAUGACCAUGAUGACUAUAACCCCACAACCACUACCAUUUCAAGCUCAUCAUCCAUUGAUGGUAAAGGGAGCAAUCUGGUAGCUAGCCCACCUGCGAACCAAAAUGUAAAUAGUUAUUCAGAAAACAAUGUUUCUAUCAGUGGUGUUAUGGAUGCCGACGUUUCUGGUAUAAGAAAUCAGUUAGUUACCCUUAACAUAUCCAACUUUUCAAAAUUAGAAAAUGAAAGAAAUCAAAGAAACCCAUACCCUGUUCAUGCUGGCCGCCCUCUAAUUGUUUCACUGCCUCAAACCUAUGUCGGCAUGAAUCAGUUUUUUCCAAAUCCCACCAACUUAUCUUCAGAGGUACAACCGCUAUUGCAGUCUUCUGGUUUCACCCCACCGCAUUAUGCUACAGGACCAACAUAUAUGACUCCUGCGUCCCACUUUUUCCCCAAUAUGAUGCCAACCAAUUAUUUGCCACAACAUUUUCACAAUUUCUAUGCUUACAGCCCGUCACCUAUAACACCAUUUGCAACUGAAUAUCCUCCUAACAGUCCUUUCCCUACACCUUUUAGCAAUGCCUCUCCAAGUUUUAGCGGUCAAGGUCAAAAUCCCGGAGUCGACUUUCAACAUUUUAACAAUGUCUAUGGGCAUCCUGGGUUACCCUUUCUUGGGGAAGAGCCGAAAUUGCAAUCUUUAGGAGGUGUGGGGCAUAUUAAUAUGAAAUCAAGAAGGGUGGAUGCCACAAGUCCACACUAUUUCAGGAUCCCGAGAAAUAUGGAUUUCUUGCAAUUUCCAACGUCACCUUUUGCUAGCCCGCUAAUGCCAGGGUCUCCAAUAGGUGGGGGUAGCUACCCUGCUAUGAUAAAUGAAGGUGUGUAUGGUGGAUGGAAAGGUUAUAGUGGAAAUCAUGGUAUUAGUGAUCCAAAAACGUAUUCAUUUCUUGAAGAGUUGAAAUCGGGUAAAGGUCGCAGGUUAGAGCUGCCAGACAUUUAUGGACACAUCAUUGAAUUCAGUGUUGAUCAACAUGGAAGUCGCUUUAUUCAACAGAAGUUGGAAAUUUGUAGCAAGGAGGAGAAGGAAUCUGUAUUUAAAGAAGUCCUUCCUCAUGCUUCCAGACUAAUUACUGAUGUUUUCGGAAAUUAUGUCAUCCAGAAGUUUUUUGAGUACGGAAAUGCCGAGCAGAGAAGGCAGCUUGGAAACCAGCUUGAAGGUCAGAUAUUGUCUUUAAGUCUGCAGAUGUACGGUUGCCGUGUAAUCCAAAAGGCCCUUGACUCCAUUGAUCUAGAACAAAAAAUCAAGCUUACUAGUGAACUGGAUGGACAUGUUUUAAAUUGUGUUCGUGAUCAGAAUGGAAAUCAUGUUAUACAGAAGUGUAUAGAGAGCAUUCCAACCGAGAACAUCAAAUUCGUGAUAUUGUCCUUUCGCGGUCAAGUUGCAGCCUUGUCAAAACAUCCUUAUGGUUGUCGUGUCAUACAGAGAGUGCUAGAGCACGCUACGGAUGAACUACACAGCCAGUUUAUAGUGGACGAGAUUUUGGAAUCGGUUUAUGAUCUUGCACAAGAUCAGUAUGGAAAUUAUGUAACUCAGUAUGUGUUGGAGGGUGGGAAACCUGAAGAAAGAAGCCAAACCAUACACAAGUUGGCAGGCCAUAUAGUGCAACUAAGCCAACACAAAUUUGCAUCAAAUGUUAUAGAGAAAUGUUUGGAAUACAGUGAGUCAGAUGCAAAAGAAAUCUUGAUACAAGAGAUUAUUGGAGAUGCUGACGGCAACGAUAACUUAUUGUUAAUGGUGAAGGACCAAUUUGCAAAUUAUGUGGUCCAAAAGGUUCUUCAAACGUGUAGCGCCCAACAACGGGAAGUAUUGCUUGGUCGUAUAAAAGGUCAUCUCAAUUCGUUGAAAAAAUAUACUUAUGGGAAACAUAUUGUUGCUCGCUUUGAACACCUGUACAGUGAAGAAAUUGAGGAGGUUGGUUCAUAACUUGCAGCUGAUCAGCAAUCACAAUCUGUAUAGUUUCCGUAUUUUUAGUCUUGAAGAACCAAACAGUAUUUCAAGUGAGGUUGUCAGAAAGUUGACGUCUCGUGUUGAACUGUGCACAAAAUCCGGGUUGUAUAUUUGCAAUAUCUUCUUAUAUAGCUAGUUUGACAGCGUAUAUAUAUGUGUGUAAAGGGGGAUUAGACAGAAUAGAGUUCCUUUUUAGUGAUGUAAAUAGACCCAAAUCAUGUUUUUCAAGUGUCUGGUUGUUCAACCAUUCUCUAGAAAUUAAUAAGAAAUAACUGCUUCUAAAAUUUCA